AUGAAGAACAAGGAGCACUGAAAGGGAAGUUUUCUUCAUCUACAGAUGAGGUUGUAUAUACUAAACUAUCUUUUCCAGCUCCAGCAUCAAGGACUCUCAGUGAGGAAGAGCUUUGACAAAGGGAAUCAGCUUCUGCCAGGGCCGCUGGAAGAGCUGAAGGGGCAGGACCCUCGUGGGGCCUCCAAGAACGGCUCUGAGAACAGCGCCCCGGAAGCGGUGCCUCUGGGGCUGGCGGGUGUGAGGGUGGACUUCAGUGGUGGCAGCCACACUCUUGGAGGGGUCGUGCAUCCUAGUCUCUACCUUUUCCCUUGAGAAGACCCCCCUCCUCUGCACUUUCCCUCCGUCUUAGCAGUUUAG